ACGAGUACAGGGAAUGACCGAUGCGCCGUAUUCGUUUGAGGUCAUAUUUUUGAUGAUAUACGAUGGGGAAAAAAAACAAAAAAACCUUUAAGGCGUCGUCUGAAAUUGUUUUCUAGGAAGAGAGCGUCACGCAGGAGGAGGAGGGCUUACUCAGCUCCAUAAACAUGCUGAGCUGCUUUUCUGAUCAGAUUACAAGGCACUGACUGGAAAAAAGGUUUGUUCGAGUACAGCUGCGGAUCAUAAUUUACACCACACAGAACAAAGAUGAACGACAUGAAGGAUGUGGAGCUCAAUGAGCUGGACCCUGAGAAGCAGCCCAUGACGGGCGACGGGCAGACUGUCAGCGGGGAGAAGAAUGGCAGCAUCAAGGUGAAGGUUCCCGAGGAAGAAGUUGCGUUCACGGGCCUGUCCAAAGAAGAACUCAUGAAGGUUGCUGGUACUCCGGGAUGGGUGAGGACCCGCUGGGUGCUGCUCAUCCUCUUCUGGCUGGGCUGGGUGGGCAUGCUGGCCGGAGCCAUCGCCAUCAUCGUCAAGGCGCCGCGCUGCAAACCCAUCCCGGACAUGAAUUGGUGGAACGAGGGACCUCUGUACCAGAUCGCCGACGCCGAGGCUUUUGCCGAUGGACUCGCGGGCGUUGAGAAAAAGCUGGACAACAUCAACCAGCUGAAGGUGAAAGGUCUGGUUCUCGGCCCUUUUCACACCGUGCAGGCGGACCAACGGAACACCCUCAACCUGAAGGAGAUCGACCCGACUCGGGGGAGUGAGGAGGACCUGCUCGCUGUGCUGGAUAAGGCCCACAAGAAGGGUGUUUCUGUGGUGCUCGACUUGACUCCAAACUAUCUGGGAGCUUCUCCGUGGUUCAGCAGCAGUGACCUCAACGAUGUGAUGGACAGUGUCCAGGCCGCGGCGGAGCACUGGUUCGGAUUGGGCGUGGACGGCAUCAAGAUCCCCGACCUGGGCACGGUCGCCAAAUCUGUGGACUUGUCCCGGCUGAUGGCUGUGGUUAAGGGGAAUGACACCGAGGAUGACGCCAAGAAAAAGAUGCUGAUGGGUGUGACGGAAGGUGUUUCGGCCGUGGAGCUCUCCCCGCUGCUCAACACCUCCGGCGCUGAUCUGGUGCUGUCCGACCUGCUCGGCGCCAAACUUGGAGGUGCGGAGCGCAUACACGCCUUGGACACGCUGCACUCCCAGCAGAGGGGCGUGGCCUGGGGUCUCGGCGCCACCCAGCGGGAGCAGCUGUCCAAACGGGCCACGUCUCGGGCUCUGAUCCGCCUCUACCAGCUGCUGCUCUUCACCGUGCCCGGAACGCCCGUGUUUAGCUAUGGUGACGAGAUUGGCCUAAAGAUGGAGGGUGAAAAGUUUCCCAAAAUGAUUUGGGACCUGGAGAAGGACGCCAAAGCCGACGGAGCCGCCGUCAACGAGACGACAGAGGCCGAGCGCGAGGAAUACGUCGCCGUGAGGAAGUGGUUCAAAUCCCUCAGUGACCUGCGGGGCAAAGAGCGCUCCCUCCUCCACGGAGAGUACUAUCCUCUCCAGUCCUCCGCCUCCUCGCUCGCUUUCCUGCGCCUGUGGGACCAGAGCGAAAGAUUCGUCACGGCGGUCAACUGGGGCGAGGCGUCGGAGACGCUACAGCUCAAGCUGGUGCCGACAGACGGAGUCGAGUUGCCAACAUCUGCUACGGUCAAGUUGUCCACUGAUCCAGAAAUGGAGGCAGAGUCCACAGUCGACCUGGACAAAAUCACCCUGGGACCCGGACAAGGUGUCCUCUUGCAGUUCCCUUACAGAGGCUAAAGAUGGCGCCAAGUUGCAGGAAAGUCACCAGUAGAUAGAGUUUAGUUUUUUUUUUUAGAUGUCAGGUGGCUUGUUCAAAAGAUGCAGAUUGUUUGUUUUGGCACAUUUCUCACAACUAAAUUUGGUGAAUGAAAACCGUCAUUGUCCAAUGGCCAGUCCACUUGCAAUUUUUUGCAAAUUGUUUGAUUUUUGGUUACCUUUCAGACCUGUUUUCAGUGAAUAAGCAGAUUGUUUAUAAAAUAUUUGACAUUCCAUUCUUUUUUUUUUUUUUUUUUAAAUUAUUUUUUAUUUUCUAUUUUUUUUCCUGUCCUGUUCGGCUACUCGGUCAAGCAGAAUGGAAAAUCUGUAUCCCCUUUCAUGCCGGAGCAGUUUUACUGUUUACUGUGUCACAGUGGAGUUUUUAAGCUUGCGCUGGGGUGUUGUUAUUGAGAAUUAGACUUGAUCAGGCAAACAGAACAAAGUUUCUAGAAGGGAAAAAGAAAGACAAAAGGCAACGCACGAAUUGUAAACAGGAUGAGAGAAGUAAAUCAUGACAUCAUCGACAACAAUGAAACGUUACAUAUGAGUGUUGCAUGGGGCUGUCGUGCUCCACCCUGUGAGGGAAGGACAGGACAAGAUGGGACAGGACAAGGACAGGAGAAGAAGCAUGCACGACAAAGGUCGUGAACCCGGCUGUACAACUGAACUUUAGUGGCAUUAAUUGUGUGAAUUAUAAAAGUCUACAGGACAAGAGUAUAAGUGAGGGGAUACACGUGCGAUUUGCAUAUUCAUGAGUUGGUUGUCGCAGUAAGUGCGUGACCCCACACCCAGUGAAAGAGUCCUUGGGGGGGGGGGGUGUGUGUGUGGAUGCAAGUGAAUUGUCACCAUUUUACAUGCACAAAGACGGACAGAAGUGUCCUCUAAUUGCUGUGGUCUCACUUACAAUUGCAGUAAGUGAGACCCACCCAUUAGGCCGGACAACCACCGACGACGAGGGCCAGACCCGCAGCACCCCCCCCCUCGAGAUUGGGAAGGAGUGAAAAAAAAAAAAGUGAUAUUCCAUUCUUGUUGUUUGGCUAUUUUUCUGCAAGCUAUUUGGAUGUUGUUGGUUUGUCAUAAGUAACUUUUAUUAGUUUUGUCGUUUGGUCUUCCUCGCACUCACAAAAGAGUUUCUGAAGUCAAGUCUGUUAACCAAAACGAAUAAACAAAAGUUCUGUCCUCA